UACUGAAGACUUUGCGCUGCAGGAACCACCACAAGACAAGACAACUCAAACAAGAAGUUUUAGACAUUUAUACUCUGUGUUCUGCACUAACCAAAUCUGUUUCUUCUGAUAUUAGAAGCUGUCUGUGUGUCAGUAAACAGGCGAAGCACCGAAAAGAAAACAACAGCCAUGAAGAAUCUCGUUCUUUUCUUAUUUCUUUUCGUCGUUGGUCUUUGGGUGACUGAAGGACAACGGGUGAAUAAUGGGUCAGUUGUGACUAAAGGACCGUCAGUGAAUAGUGAAGGGCGGAAUGUGACGUUAGGCGACAAAGACCCGUCGGUAAAUGAUGUUUCAUCGGAGAAUGAAGAGCAAGAAGAGAGUGGAGAAGAAUCAGGCGAUGAAGGAGAGUCUGAGGGUGGAGAGGAAUCAGAGGAGGACGGAGUCCCGGUGGAUGACGAGUCGUCAGAGGACGGUGAAGACGAGUCAGUGGAUGGAGAGGAGUCAGUGAAUGAAGACGAGUCAGAGGGUGAAGACUCAGACAAUGGAGGACUAUGGGUGGACGAUGACGAGUCAGUGGACGGAGACGAGUCAGUGGAUGAAGGCGAGUCAGUGGAUGAAGACUCAAACGAUGGAGGACUAUCAGUAGGUGAUGACGAGUCAGUGAACGAAGACGAGUCAGUGAGCGAAGACGAGUCAGUGGAUGAAGGCGAGUCAGCGGAUGAAGAAUCAAACGAUGGAGGACAAUCAGUGGGUGACGACGAGUCGGCGGAAUUGGAGGAGUCAGCGGAUGAAGCAGAUUCCGAGAGUGAAGAUGAAGCAGCGACUGAGAGUCUCUUACUGAAUAAUGGAACGUCGGUUUCUAGCGAAACGCUUGAUUCUGGAAACUCAACAACCGAAGGAGAAAGCCUUGCUGUGUCCAGUUCUCGGGGAAUAUGUCGAGUGAGAUGUUAUAAAACCGUGACCUACAAAAGGGCCCGAAGAAGCUGGUGCUGGUUUUUGAGACGGUGUACAAAAUACCGUACAGCUUCCAGGAGAAUCCUUACAACCUGUCGCAGAUGCUGCAGAGGAUGGACCGGCACGCCUGGAAGGUGCAGAGCCGUCGGAGGAGCGUGCAGAUGGAAUCGGUGCGGGAGAAAUGGUAGAUGCGUCAAGAGAGGAACCUCUUUCACUUGUUACUGCAGACGGGGCUAUUAUUUCAAUAGAAGAACAUGUGUUGAUGUAAACGAGUGCAGAAGGAGGUUUCGAUGCGGUAGAUACGGGAAAUGCGUCAACACAAUAGGGUCCUACAAAUGUUUGUGUAAACCAGGGUUCCGUUUCAAUGGGAGAACAUGUGUUCGUAGAUAAAGCACACAACAACAACAACAACAAAGCGUGUAUCGGCUAAUUUUAACGAAUUUUAAAAUAUUCCCAGCAGGAAAUAUCUGUCGGUCACAUUCCUAGCAAGACAUCUCCCGCCUGAUUUAUCUCCGUAUGACCUACAUCGCCAGUUAUUACCAGGUUAUCUUCGAUGAAGUUUACAGAGAAGACUAUCCCCU